AUGGCGAUGACACACCAGCAGGAUUUGAAGAGUGUGUUCACUACUAAAGACUUAAAUUUUAAACCUGCUGCAAAGAUUACGAAAAAGGAUCUGAAUGCAGGUGUCACUAAGGCAGAAUAUGCUGUAAGGGGUGCCAUUCCGACUAGAGCGGAUGAGCUGAAAGAAGAACUUAAAAGAAAACCAGGAGUUUUGCCCUUCGAUGAUAUUAUCAAUGCAAACAUUGGUAAUCCGCAACAACUGGACCAGAAACCUUUGACUUUUACCAGACAAGUUUUGUCCAUAUUGGAGUACCCGGAAAUUUUACGAGUAGGACCUGAUAAAUUAGCGUCUUUGAACUUGUUCCGCAAAGAUGCCUUAGGAAGAGCUGAGCACCUAUUGGAAGAUAUUGGAGGUUCUAUAGGAGCCUAUUCACAUUCACAAGGUGUACCAGGAAUAAGGCAAUCAGUGGCGGAGUUUAUUACGAAAAGAGAUGAUGGUGAACCUGCCGCCCCAGAGAAUAUUUAUUUAACCACUGGUGCCUCUUCUGCGGCCACUUCUCUGUUAUCUUUAUUGUGCAAAGACGUUCAAACGGGUCUACUAAUCCCGAUUCCCCAAUAUCCCCUUUACACAGCUUCCGCAUCACUCUUUAAUGCACAAGUACUUCCAUACUACUUAGAUGAAGGGUCGAACUGGUCUACAAAAAGUGACGAAAUUGAAAAAGUCGUUAAGGAUGCUUUAGAAAAGGGGAUCAAGCCAUCUGUGUUGAUUGUUAUUAACCCAGGUAAUCCUACUGGUGCUGUUCUUUCAGAAGACACUAUUGCAAAGAUCUGCCUGAUUGCUGCAAAGUAUGGCAUUGCGAUCAUUUCAGAUGAGGUAUAUCAGGAAAACGUUUUUAACGGUGUAAAGUUCCAUUCGAUGAAAAAAGUGCUAAGAAAAUUGCAACGUCUUUAUCCAGGAAAAUUUGAUAACGUUCAGUUGGCCUCCUUGCAUUCCAUUUCUAAAGGGUUCAUGGGUGAGUGUGGCCAAAGAGGUGGCUACAUGGAAGUUGUAGGAUUCUCUAAAGAUAUAAGAGAUGCUCUUUUUAAACUCAUGUCUAUAUCUAUUUGUUCCGUUGUCACAGGACAAGCUGUAGUUGAUCUAAUGGUCAAACCUCCUCAACCUGGAGACGAAUCAUAUGACCAGGAUCAUAGCGAAAGGAUGAAGAUUUUUCAUGAAAUGUACACAAGAGCCACCUUGUUGCACGAAACCUUUAAUGAACUUGAAGGUAUUGAGUGUCAAAAACCUCAAGGGGCGAUGUAUCUUUUUCCAAGACUUGUUUUACCUGAAAAAGCUCUCCGUGAAAGCGAACGUCUAGGCAUUGAACCUGAUGAGUUUUAUUGCACAUCUUUACUAGAAUCUACAGGUAUUUGUACUGUACCAGGGUCUGGGUUUGGACAGCAGCCUGGUACGUAUCAUGUACGAACAACAUUUUUGGCCCCAGGAACUCAAUGGAUUCAAGACUGGAAACAUUUUCAUCAGGAUUUCUUCAACAAGUACCGUGAUUGA